CUUUUCCACAUUUUGUAGGCUCCACCCUCUGAGUCUGACCCUGGAUCUCCCGGGCUAGCCUCGUCUUCUUCUAGCCCAUCGUCACCCGCACCGGACUUCCACCCAGGCACGCACUGUAACUCCGACGUGGCCAGAAUCAAAGUUCUCGAACUAUAGGCCCCUCCCCUGGGCAGAAUCCAAGUUCUCCAAUAGGUCUGGCAAGCUGGCCAGAAAGAAACCCAGAGGCAGCGCCUGUCGCAGCUGUCCCCUUUGACGUGAGUCAUGGUAGCACCUAUGAAGGGCCAAGUGUGUGUGGUAACUGGUGCCUCCAGGGGAAUUGGCCGGGGCAUUGCCUUACAGCUUUGCCAAGCAGGUGCCACAGUUUACAUUACUGGCCGCCAUCUGGACACCCUUAAAGCUACUGCCCAGGAGGCGCAGUCCCUUGGGGGCCGGUGUGUACCAGUGGUGUGCGAUUCAAGCCAGGAGACUGAGGUGAAAAGCCUGUUUGAGCAAGUCAGUCGGGAACAGCAUGGGCGGCUCGAUGUUCUGGUCAAUAAUGCCUACGCUGGUGUCCAGGCAAUCCUGAACACCAUCAACAAGUCAUUCUGGGAAGUGCCGGCCUCCAUAUGGGAUGACAUAAACAACGUUGGACUCAGAGGCCACUACCUGUGCUCUGUGUAUGGGGCACGGCUGAUGGUACCGGCUGGCAGAGGACUCAUUGUGGUUGUCUCCUCCCCUGGAGGGCUGCAGCACAUGUUCAACGUCCCUUAUGGUGUGGGCAAAGCUGCGUGUGACAGACUGGCUGCUGACUGUGCCCAUGAGCUACGGCGUCAUGGAGUCAGCUACGUAUCUCUGUGGCCAGGGAUGGUGCAAACAGAACUGCUGAAGGAGUUUUUUGCAAAAGAAGAGCAACUUAAGGAUCCUGUGUUUAAGAAGAUGAAACCAGUUUUUUCAUCUGCUGAAAGCACAGAAAUGAGUGGCAAGUGUGUGGUGGCCUUGGCAACAGACCCCAACAUCCUGAACUUGAGUGGGAAAGUGCUGCCCUCCUGCGACCUUGCUCGACGCUAUGGCCUUCAGGAUGUUGACGGCCGCCCUGUCCAAGACUAUUUCUCUUUGGGCUACGUGCUCUCACAUGUCUCCAGCCUGGGAUGGUUGACCUCCUACUUGCCUGGCUUCCUCCGUGUGCCCAAGUGGAUUGUCACCCUCUACUCCAGCAGAUUCUAACCUCCUGACCUGCUCUCCCUGCCCCUCCUGAACCUCUUCUCAUUGAGGCUCAGGUGGGUGAGGCUGCCUCGGGGGAGCAAAGCAGCCUUCCCACACAUCCGUGUCCUCCCUAAGACGAGAAGCUGGCUGGCGGACACCUAAUGAGUUCUGGGGACUCUGGGAGGCUCUCUGUGCCUUGGUUUCCUUGUCGCUGCAUCUUAGUGUCUUGCUUCACUAUUUAAAAGUGCUUAUAGGGGGCUGGAGAGAUGGCUCAGUGGUUAAGAGCACUGGCUGCUCUUCCAAAGGACCUGGGUUCAAUUCCCAGCACCUACAUGGCACCUCACAAUUGUCUGUAACUCCAAGAUCUGACACCCCUACACCAAUGCACAUAAAUGAAAAUUAAAUAAAAUA